UUCAGACAUCCAGGAGUUCUAUGAACUGACGCUCCUUGACGACACAAAGUCGAUACAACAAAAGACUGCCGAAACGAUACGAAUCGCGAACAAAUGGGAAGCGAGUGACGGUCCCAUCGCCUACACCAACAAUGACGAUAAAUUGUACAACUUGCCUGGCGGUGGAUUUUUGGAGCUCUUGAGACCUGGAACCGAGGUGGCCCUCACAUGUGGAGAGGUGGGGACGGAUCUCCGGGGCUCUCUGCUGCCCCUCACCCAGGCCUUGAUGAGCCUGCAAGACCAUCGGUCUAUCAGUCCUGAAGAACUUCAACUGGCCUUCCCUCAGAAAACGCGGUAUAGUGGAGAGGAAGAGGAAUUGCCUCCUCCACCAUCACCGCCACAAUUGAAGGAUGUGCCCGAGCUUGACGGAGGCCUAAGGACCUCCAGUGAGCGAAUAUUGGCCGAACCUGUGCCACCUCCUACCGUCAACCACGUCCACGUGCCUGCAAACACAAAGAGCAGUGACAGUUGGCAGGGGCACGACACAGAUCAGGCGCACACACCUUUAUUGGGAACAGAUAAUAAGCACCAGGUGAAUGGCGAAGGCGAGUGGGAGUAUGAGGAGAUCUCGCUGGAGAGAGGCGGUGCCGGACUGGGGUUCAGCAUCGCGGGCGGAACAGACAACCCGCACAUCGGCGACGACACCGCCAUCUACAUCACCAAGCUGAUCCCGGGAGGCGCCGCGGCGGCUGACGGCCGACUGCGAGUCAACGAUGUCAUCCUGCAGGUCAAUGAAGUGUCGGUGGUGGACGUGCCACACGCCUCGGCCGUCGACGCGCUCAAGCGGGCCGGCAACACAGUCACUCUGUAUGUGAGAAGAAAGCGGCUGGGCCCCGGCAGCAUGCGGGUGAUGGAGAUAGAGUUGGCCAAGGGUAGCAAAGGUCUAGGGUUCAGCAUUGCCGGCGGCAUCGGCAACCAACACAUCCCCGGCGACAAUGGCAUCUACGUCACCAAGAUCAUGGAUGGUGGAGCAGCACAGAUAGAUGGCAGACUGGCCGUGGGCGACAAGCUCAUAGCCGUUAGGAAUACCAUGCAAGGAGACAGGAACCUGGAGAAUGUGACGCACGAAGAAGCAGUUGCAACACUGAAAGCGACACAUGAAAGAGUAGUGUUAAUAGUCGGAAAACUGGACCAAGUGUUUCUACCGCCACCACCUCCUCUGUCGACGAGUCCGCAGCCUUCUGUCCAAGACUCGAUCCACGCCUCCACCACCCAGCUGCAGCCGCCCACUCCGAGAGCAGUUAGUGUAGAAGAUGUCUCUAACAGGGAGGUGAGGACAGUGGUGCUGAACAAGGGCACUUCAGGGCUAGGAUUUAACAUUGUCGGUGGGGAGGAUGGUGAGGGCAUCUUUGUGUCUUUCAUCUUGGCAGGAGGCCCCGCCGACAUGAGCGGGGAGCUGCGGCGGGGCGAUCAGAUCCUCAGUGUCAAUGGAGUUAACUUACGCAAUGCCACACAUGAAGAGGCUGCCCAAGCACUCAAGGGAGCUGGUCAGACUGUGACGAUAGUGGCCCAGUACAAACCAGAGGACUACAACAGGUUCGAGGCCAAGAUCCAUGACUUGAAGCAGCAGAUGACACAACAGAUCUCCACCUCUACAGGCACCUUGCUGCGAACUUCCCAGAAACGAUCUCUAUAUGUCAGGGCCCUGUUCGACUAUGACCCCCUGAAAGAUGAUGGGCUGCCGAGUCGGGGCCUGGCAUUCCACUACGGGGAUAUCCUGCAUGUGACCAACGCAAGCGACGACGAGUGGUGGCAGGCACGUCGCGUGCUGUGGAGUGGUGAGCAGGAGGGUCUCGGCAUAGUGCCGUCCAAGAAACGCUGGGAGCGCAAGCAACGUGCCAGGGACAGGACAGUCAAGUUCCAGGGCCACAUGCCAGUCAUGUUGGAUAAGCAAUCAACAUUAGACAGAAAAAAGAAAAACUUUUCCUUCAGUCGAAAGUUCCCCUUUAUGAAGAGUAAAGACGACAAAUCAGAGGAUGGUUCAGAUCAAGAACCAUCCCCAAACACUCCGAGCAACGAAGGCGAUUCUACUUCUUUGCCUUUCAUGCUUUGCUACACCCAAGACGAUCCUAGCUCAGAAGGUAUUAGCUUAAGCAGCAUUAGCUUUAUAGAAAUACUUAUUGGGACGGAAGAGGCGGUGUUGUCAUACGAGCCAGUCUCACAACUGCAGAUUGACUACACUCGCCCUGUCAUCAUCCUUGGUCCUCUCAAGGACAGAGUAAACGAUGACCUCAUCUCUGAGUUUCCUGACCAGUUUGGCUCCUGUGUCCCACAUACGACCAGACCUAAGCGGGAGUAUGAGGUAGACGGGAGGGACUAUCACUUUGUAGCCUCUCGGGAGCAGAUGGAGCGAGACAUACAAAACCACCUGUUCAUCGAGGCAGGCCAGUACAAUGACAACCUGUACGGCACUUCCGUGGCUUCUGUCAGAGAAGUCGCAGAGAAGGGCAAGCACUGCAUACUGGACGUUAGCGGGAACGCAAUCAAGAGGUUACAAGUUGCUCAGCUGUAUCCCAUCGCAGUAUUCAUCAAACCUAAGUCUGUGGAGUCCAUAAUGGAAAUGAAUAAAAGAAUGACAGAAGAACAAGCAAAGAAGACAUUUGAACGUGCCAUGAAGAUGGAAGCUGAGUUUGGGGAAUACUUCACAGCUGUGGUUCAAGGGGACACCCCAGAAGACAUCUACCAAAAGGUUAAAGAAGUCAUCAAUGACCAGUCUGGUCCAACGAUCUGGGUGCCCUCCAAGGACCCCCUCUAACAGCCUAACACCGCCAGUCAUCAUGUAAUGGAGUUUUAGAUUUUAUUUAUAUUAUAUUGUUGCCUUCACCCUCUGAUUGUGGCAUAGUUUAUCUUCCUUUCGACCCAAAUGACAUUACAAUCAUUUACUGCCAACUUGCAAAUGUGUACUUACAUGGCGGCUCUUGGUUCACCCCACUGCAGGGGAUUCUGUGCUCAAUAUAGUUGCUGUAGCAUUUAGCUUUGUGUGCAUGAAAGUAAGAAUGUGUUCAAAAAGUUUCCCUUUAAUGGUUUGUGAGGGCUAUUCUUUUAUUAUUAUAAAAAAAAUAAACAUUUAAAAAUAAAUAUAAUAAUUAGUUAUUAAUCAAUGAAUCUUACUGUGGAAAGCUCAAAUAAAAUUAAUUAAUAAAAUAUAAUUUAGAAAUAAUUAAUUUUUAAUUUAUGCAUUUUUAUAAUUGUAAAUUCAUUGGGCUACCCAUUUAUUUAUUUAUGUAAGGCUGUGUAGAACAAAAAUGCAUGAUUUUAAAGUUGUUCAAGAUUUAUUUAAAUCUCACAACAUUCACAUUUAAUAAAACUAUCUUGUUUUGUAAUUUAUUAUACACUAAGUAUGUUUCAAAUUUCAUAGCUUAACCAAUUUGUAUGUUAAUCGAGGAAUAGUUGUCAAACGUUAAUAAGUAUGAACUUUUUUAUACGUUUCUAUUGAAAAUUAAUAUUUGUAACUUUUUGAAUGUUAUGCCUUUUCAUUAGAAGUUCAUUGUAAUUUUUACGUAGAUAUGGUAUUGAAAAUGUAUUUUAUUUAAAUUGACAAGAGAAUAUACUACCUAAAAUCCUUUGGAUACAUAUACCGUCAUAAUUUUAUAAAAAAAGUAAAAACACAGGACUCACAUUUAAGUAUAUUUUAUCUUUUUCUCAAAGACAUUAAUAAAUAACUAAAUCUAUUAAGCCAUCGUUAAUCAACAUUUUAAUUCUGUUACUUUAUAAAUUCCUAAAAUCUUUAUAUUUAUAGCCCAACUGUAGAAUACAUACACAAACUACCCUUAUUAAAUAUUUAAUUGAAAUUAAAUACAUGCAAUUUCAAAAAAUCAUACAAAUAAAUUUAUUUGUUACAUACGCGGCUUGUAGCCUUAAGUUUAUUGUCGUUUGAAGAGAAACUGUGCCACAGUGUUUUGUUAAGUUGACAAAUUGUGUACAGACUGAACAAAAACAUUUUAUUAGUGUUUUGUAAGUUGUUAUUUUAUGCUUGAGUAGGUCCCAGUUUCUGAGCUUGGGUGUUGUUAACUAUUGACAAAGUCUAUACCGUACACAGCAGGUGUAAGAGAGUGCAGGGUAUUUUGGUGCUGGAAUCAUAAGCCUCAGCCCUCCUUCUGCAAACUCUUUUCAAUUGUAAAUAUUUCAGUGUAUAGUUGUUAAUAAUAUAAUUUUAUUUUAGUAAUAAAAGCAUACGUUUCAUUUAUACUAUUAAGUACCAGUUUUUCUUAACUUAAAUGUUUUCAAUUGUAGUCUUUGCUAGCCAAAUAAUUUUCAAAAAUUAUAUUUUGAAAUAAAAUUUUAUUGCAACAUUUUGUUUUAAUUUGACAGUUUGAAUCAUUAAAAUGUUCUGUUGCCAAAACAGUUUUAGAAGUAAUAUUAAGGAACAACUGGAGUUGUGUAUACGGUUGUCAUUUCAAUAUAAUUUACAAGGUAUUGUAAACAGAGUAUAUUUAUAUUAAAAUUGUCAUGUUCAGCAAGAAUUUCUGUAAGAAAUUGGGAAAUAAGUGCAAUUAUUGUGUUUGUUUUUCUGAAGAUAAAAUUUUGAGGUGCAUAAUGUAAACAUUUUGUGAAUGUACGUACGUAUACCAACUAACAAACAUGCUCGUAAAUAUAUUACUAAUAAUUUGAAUAUUUUUUGUAGUUAGAGAAAAACCUGCAUACUAUGAUCAAUCUUUGUUAAAGCAUAAGAAAAGAUCUAAUAAAAACUUUUUAAUUUAUUACAUUAUUUUCUUAAACAUUUCUUUCAUUUCGACUCUGUGCUUGUUGUCCUGUCUUAUUUAUAAACUCUUCAAAGCAAGCGAAGAAAUAACUUUUGAUUCAUAGAUCUGAUUGUCUACCUCAGUAUUUUGUAUGUUAAAGUUUUUCAAUUCUGAAGUGCUUUCUUCCUGAUUUUACUGAAAAUAAAACAAUAAAUUUUACACGAAGUUGCAAAUGUUCGUGUAUAAUUGAAUGGUGGUUUAAAAUGUUAUAAAAACCAUUUCAAAAAGUUUCAAAAAUUAAAUAUCAUGUAAUAUUUGUUUGUUUUUCCUGAAAUUAGUUCUCUGUAUUCGAAAAAUUGGAGGAUAACUCCAAGCCUGGAAGGUUAAGACAAGGAAACAAGAUUCAUCUAAAUGUGCUUAAGGAAGACAGCCUUAAUUAUUAUUAUGUCUGUUAAAUUUAAUUAAGACUGUUAUCAGUAAUCUAUUUAGGUUAAUCUUGCCACUCACUUUUCUAUUUGUCCUAACCUAAAAAAUAUACAACCAUCUUGUUUUUUUACAUUUCGUGAACAUUUCAAUUUGUUAAACUGGAUUGAAUUUAAAAUAAUUUGUUAAAUUAAGCAGGUUUUAGUAGUUAGUAUUUUAAGUUGAUGUCUUGGUGUAAUGAAGAAUAUGCUUCCAUAAACAAACAAGUGAAAGAAAAGGUGAGAUGUGAGUCAACAAGUUUUUAUGAAAGUGAAUCCACGACAAAGGACUGCAUUAUACAAACUGGCAUUGUUAUAUGUGAUUAUUUUCUAUAUAACACAGCUAAAUCAUGUAUAGUAAUGCUCUUUAUAAAUAAUCGUAUUCGUACUUGACAACAAAUAAGUAUAUAGGAGAUUUUUUUUCAUUGUAGUUUGUAUAGCCAUUGCCACAUUGUUGAGCUGGCCCUGUGAGUCGUUAUAAUGGGGCCAGUGAAUUUGUAUGUAGAGAGCGAAUCAUUGUUAUACCCUGCCAUUCGUUAUUUAUAAAAUAUUCCACAACUUUUGUGUACAAUAAAACAACACUGAAUUAUUGUUUGUUUUGUAAAAAAAUGUUUUUAGACAUGUAAUAAUAAUGAAUUGGUAGUGUUUUUGUGGAUGAUUCUCUACCUACCUGUUUUCAUCUCUUGAUUCUAUUAAAUCUUAUUGUGUGACUUAUAA